AUCAUCUGGAAAAUGGCACUUGGGCUUUAUUCACUAAUUGAAGCCGUAAUAUUGUGUUUGAACGCUGUUUGUGUAUUGCACGAAGAACGGUUUUUGGCAAAAAUUGGAUGGGGAUCAGAUCAAAGAGGAUUUGGUGAAGAGCCAGGAAUGAAAACUCAGUUAUUAAAUCUAAUUCGAUCAAUAAGAACAGUCAUGAGAUUCCCACUUAUAGGAAUAAACAUUGUAGUGAUAGCCUUAAAACUGGUCUUUGGAUAAUAACUCACCAUGAACAUGACACAACUGUUAAAAAAGUACUCAUCUAUCAGGUGGCUGAAAGAAACAUUGUACAAUAGGUGUGUUUGUUUGGCGAGAUGCUGCAGUUCAAAGACAAGAUUGAGAGAUUUCUACAUACAGUGAGCCUGUGAUAUUUAAUGUGCCUGUGUGAAUGUGAUGCAUUAAAAUUGGUUCAUUUCAUGCAUGUAUGGGCCAUGUCUUAUUCAUAAUACAUGUAAUUUAUACAAUAAACUGCCAAAUUAA